AGAAAGAAAGAGCUGGGUUACCUGGUUUUGUUUUAAAUGCUUGACUAUAUUAUUGAAACAGUCACAGUCGUACUAUAUGCUUAGAAGCAGUUUUGACUUGUUCUUGAUAGAUCACAAGUACAUAAAAACUACAGAGAUGUUCUCCCAACUACUUGACUAUAGAGAUCAACUUAUCGGUCUGAAAUAUAAACCAAUCUAACCGACGCGUCUUGAAUCCGCGUAGCUAUUUCGUGUUCUCUCUCUUUUUUUUUUCUUGAGGAAAGAACAAUUUAUUAUGUCACAAGAAGACAACGCUUUUAAAAUACUAAUAGCUACAGAUAACCACUUGGGUUAUUUAGAACGAGAUCCUAUUCGAGGUCAAGAUUCUUUCAAGGCCUUUCGAGAAAUCCUCCAGAUCGCCGAGACUGAAAAAGUAGACUUUAUUCUGUUAGGUGGUGAUCUCUUUCAUCACAAUAGACCCUCACGCUCCUGUUUAUAUCAAACCAUGAAAAUGAUUCGUCAACAUUGCUUUGGUGAAAGGGAAAGCAAAGUGUGGAUAGCAAGCGAUCAAUCCAUCAAUUUCGCAGAUGAGUUCAGUACAGCCAAUUAUUUGGAUGAAAAUCUCAAUAUCAGUAUUCCUAUCUUUUCUAUCCACGGCAACCAUGAUGAUCCUUCAGGCAUUGGAAAUCUCUGUGCUUUGAAUCUGCUGUCUGUGUCAGGCAUGGUCAAUUACUUUGGUGCAAGUCAAAGUAUUGAACAAGUAGUCAUUCAGCCCAUUUUAAUGCAAAAAGGACAGUCCAAACUUGCACUGUAUGGAUUAGGUAACAUACGUGAAGAAAGGCUGCAUCGCCAAUGGCGCGGUGGACAUGUGAAGUUUAUGCGACCACAGGAUGAGGGUUGGCGAGACUGCUUUAAUCUGUUUGUAUUUCAUCAGAACCGGGCGCGUCAUGGGCCAACGUCUCAUAUUCCGGAAGAGUUCCUGGACAGUUUUAUUGAUCUGGUCUUUUGGGGCCAUGAGCAUGAAUGCCGAAUUCAUCCUGAAGAAUUCCAGUAUUUUGCUGUGACUCAACCUGGUUCUUCUGUAGCUACCAGUCUUAGUCAAGGAGAAGCAGAACCAAAGCAUGUAGGACUGUUGACGAUUGAAGGAGACAGUUAUCAUUUAGAUAAAAUUCGACUCAAGACAAUUCGCCCCUUUCAGUUUACGACUAUUAGUUUAUCUCGGGUUGAAAAUCUGGUACCUUCUGAUGCCAAGGGAAUUCAACAGUACCUGGGAGGUGUGGUCGAGAAUCUGAUUGAAAAGGCUAAAUUAGAAUGGGAAGACCAACAGGGCGAGGAUGCACCAAACAUGGAAAUGCCGAUGCCGCUUAUUCGUAUACGAGUCGAUUAUUCGGGUGGCUAUGAAACAUUUAACCCUCAGCAAUUUGGACAAAAGUUUAUUGAUCGUGUCGCUAAUCCAAAUGAUAUUCUUAAAUUUCAGCGUACUCGACCCGAAACACAAACACGACUCAAACCUUCCGAGAUGAUUGCUGAUCUUACAACUGCUAUUCCUGAACGAUUAGACACACUCAAGGUAGAAGACUUAGUGAGUGAAUUGUUAUCACGCGAUUUAUCUAUUCUAUCCGAAACUGGUUUAGAAGAGGCUGUCAAGUCACUUGUGGAGAAAAGUGACAAGGAGGCUAUCCGUUCUUUUGUUACCAAUUCAGUUGCACAAACACGGGAGAGUAUGACAGUUUUACCUGAGGAUCUUACAUUAGACUAUAUCUUGCGCAAGUCGACCGAGGCUAAACAGAGUCAAGACCAGCCCAGCAGGCGUAAUGCAGUACGACCGAUACAAGAGUUGCAAGGUCGCACAGAAAAUGCCAGUAACAGUACUAUUUUCUCGGAUGAUGAGAUGAGUGAUAUAAUGAUACCCUCACAACCAAGUCAACGACGACAAACAGCUACAAGAGGAAGAGGGAAAGGUAGCGGUACUAGUAGAAUAAGGAGACAAGACAGUGAUGACAUGAAUGAAGAACCACCAUCUAUUUCAUCAUCGACAUCAUCUUUGCUACCAACUAGAGCUAGACGUGUAGCAAGUGAAGCACCAUCUUAUGUCAUUUCAAGUGAUGAAGAGCAAGAAGCAUCAUCUGGAGGAUACAAAAGAACAGCCUCUUCCCCUUCACCAGCCCCUUCUUCAUUAUCUCAAUCAACUGGAAAACGUAGAAGAGUAUUGCCUACUGCAUCAUUAUCACAAAAAAAGCGCUAAUAAACCUUAUUUCAGUAUUUGUAUUACAGC